AUGAUGAAAACGUUACAAACUAGUGGAUCAACACCAAUAAAGAGAUAUAUUGAACUAGCUUCAGAAAAAGGAGCAUCGAGCUGGUUGACUGUGCAUCCCAUUGAAGAACACGGAUUUUAUUUAUCAAAGGAUGAUUUUCGAGAUGCAUUAUGCCUGAGAUACAGUUGGCCUUUAACUGAUAUGCGUUUGCGAUGUGAAUGUGGUCUUGAUGUCACCAUUGAUCAUGCCAUGAUUUGCAAGAAAGGAGGCUUUCCUAUACUCAGGCACAAUGAAAUCCGCAACAUAACUGCUGAUCUUCUGAAAGAAGUAUGUCAUGAUGUGGCAGUUGAACCACUACUUCGACCACUGGAUGGAGAACAUAUUGAUCAACACACCGCUAACACCAGUGACUAUGCUAGAGCAGACAUCCCUGCAAGAGGAGUGUGGAGGCGAGGAGAGAGAGCAUUUUUCGAUAUCCGGGUAUUUUAUCCGAAUGCCAAGUCCUAUCGCCACCACUCUUCUCUUACAUCAUGCUAUGGAAUACAUGAAAAUGAAAAAAAGCGGGAAUAUGGUCAAAGAGUACGAGAAGUUGAGCAUGGUUCCUUCACCCCACUCGUCUUCACAUCUACAGAUGGUACAGGUCCUGAAGCAACAACACUCUAUAAAAGAAUUGCCAGUCUACUAACAACAAAGAUGAAUGAACAUUAUAGUACAGUGAUGCAACUGAUCCGAUGUCGCAUUAGCUUUGCAUUGCUCCGAUCAGCAAUUAUAUGCAUUCGCGGCACAAGAUCUUGUACUUACCAUCCCAUUGACAUAGACACUGUCAGGCUGAUAACCAGUGAGACUCACCUCACUGAGUAG